AUGUUUCUCCAAGAACUAGGGGAUUCUCUUAUAAAGGGACACAUUGAAAAAAGGGAGCGGGUCCCCCGAGACCCAGCCGCUGCAGCUGUGGUCAGAGAGCUGCAGACCACGGCAAGCACUCCGUCCACGUCAGCAGGAAGACGAAGAGCUUCAGCACCAGCAUCCUUCCCUUUAGCUAGCCCUGCCACAGCCACAGACCCAGACCCAGAGAGGCUGCGGAUUCCAAAAGAAAGCACUGUCAGCUCCAAACCCUCCUGUGAGUACAGACAACAAAUGCCAACGGCUCAAGCUGGUGCUACUGAUGCUUUUUGUGCUUUACUAGUGGCUGCUAUCUCCUUCCUGAUUGUAUACCAUUUCAGAAAAUUAAAUGACAAGGAGCAAGAAUUACAAGAGUUAAAGCAUGCAUAUUACAACUUCACCAGUAACAACAGUGCUUUGCUGGCAACUCUACAGUCUCAGUACACAACAAACUACAGUGCUCUGAUGAAAAAGCACACAGCUUUAGAGUCUCAAUACAGAACUCUAAAUGAUAAACAUGCUGAACUUAGAAAACUGAAGGAAUUCUACUGUCCUGUUACAAACCCAACUCAAGAAAAGACUUGCCAUGUAUGCCCAAAUGACUGGGUGCUCUUUAAUUCUAAAUGUUACUUCUUCUCCACUGAUAAACUGACAUGGCAGCAGAGUCAAAAGCAAUGUAAGAAAAUAAGAGGAAACCUGGUGAUUGUAGAAAAUGAGCUGGAACAGACAUUUCUAAACAACAGAAUUAAUACCAACGAAUGUGAAGACAAAGUUUAUUGGAUUGGCUUAAAUGAUCAGAAGACAGAAGGUGAAUUUGUCUGGGUGGGCAACGGAC